AUUCCACAAUCUGUUGCGUGACCUAAAUAGUUAACAUAAGUACAAGAUUUUAAAAUUUUUUUAUAGCCAGUGAAAUCAGUGGUUAAAAUUAUAGAAAAACCAAAGAUAGAAGAAAAAGAUAUGCAACGAGUGAAACCAUUGGAUAAUACUUAUUUCAUUCCUCCAGCUCCGCCACUUUUCCAAACUCUACUAACGCUUCCAAAAACGGAUAACAAUAUUAAAAACAAAGGUAAGGAUAAUAGACCAACUCUACCAAUGAAUCUAUUGGAUGAAAUCAAACGUGGCAUUAAAUUGAAGCCGGUGAAGCCAGUGGUUAUAGAAAAACCGAAGAUAGAUAAAAAAAAUCUUGAAAGAUUGAACCCAUUGGAUAAUGCCAUGUUCCGUCGUGUCAAUAUGAUGUCGAGCAGUUCUAGCUCAGAUUCUUCACCAGAAAACUUGUCUCAAGAUGAAUGGGAUUAACCAAAUAAAAACCAAUCGAAGAACAAAACUAGGAUAAAUAAUGUGAAAUUAUAAUUCAUAAAUCAACCGCUUUGGGGCAUAGUAGGAAGGUAA